ACGGACAGCGUCGGGGAUAUCAUGUCAUUCUUCCGAUAAGUAUAUAUAAGUACGAGUACCGGUCAGGAACCACGUACAUAGCAGUAUGACUGAGCAGCUCCCGCCAUAUACUACACUCUCUCAGCCAGAGACCGAACCACCGCAGUAUACUCUUCCAGACACCUUCAACAUCGGACGAUGCAGCACGCAUCACCUCGUCCGCCCGGAUCAGCUCAAGGCCCAUCUUCAGCUUCUGGCAGCGUUCAGCCACCUGAAGCAGCGGGUCGUUGCCAGUGAGAACCUUAUCGCAGGAUUAGAGUCGGACAGCGAGAAGCGUUGGGUAUGGUUCGUCAAUUUGGCCGUUGAACGGUUUGAGAGGUGGUGUUUGACAAUCAAGCAAUCUGAUACAGUGGAGCAUCGUUUGCCUCCCAUUGAUGUCACUAUGGUGUGGCACGCCUAUCUCCUGAAUCCGAGCUGGUAUGCGGAAGACACCACGCGGAUCUCUAAGCUCAAACCUCUCGCUCAUUUCACUGAUUAUUUUCCUCACCUUCUCGCUAACCCUGGCCUGCUAACCACUGACGCACCACAACAUGAACGCGUUUCUGUUUGGGAGCGCCGUACCGAAUUACCGUAUGACCCAUUCGCAUCUGCUGCGAAUUUCACACACAAGUCUAUCAAGUGCCCUUGCUGUCAUCGCACUAUUAUUUCGCCAUUUUGGCAGCCUAACGGGAAGGGAUACUCCCAGAGCAACUACAGCAUCGAGUGUGAAUGUACUCAGUCGAUUACUAAAGAACUUCUCGGCCUCUAUAAAUUUGCCAAAAACGUAGUCAAAGCAACAGCGCCUGAUACAUACUUGGCCGGAACUCUUCAUACACCACGUAACGCCUAUGACACUGCGCGCGGAGACAUGAUCAAGAAGCGCAUCCUCAACUCGCACAUCAUUUCCAAGAACAACAAGGCAAGUGAUCCCGCGCGCCAGAUCCUGAUAAACGUCCAGUAUGACGCUGCGCGCAUGCGUACCGUGCUGGACAUGUAUUUGAAGCCGAUGUUGUCGAGUAAGAUCAUGGGUGCCUACACGGACGACAGGGUGUUUUCACUUGAUUUGGUCGGUGCCGUCCUCCGGCAAGCCUCAUUUGUGAAUAAGAUGGUCAACCUUGGAUGGACCGAGCCAGGAUAUUUUGCCAACGAGGUGGAUACAAUAGCAUUGCAGCAUUGCGUAGCUCGGUAUCACGCCUUUUUGAACAUCAUGGCAGAGUCGCCUGCUUCGUUCUUCGUGCCUACGCUCGAUAUCGAUCUCGGGUGGCAUACUCAUCAACUCAUGGCGAGUCGGUAUCAAAGCGACUGCCUCUCGCUCGUAGGACGAUAUGUUGAUCACGAUGAUAAAGUGGAAGAGGGUCAACUCGCAACCUCCUUCGACCUCACUUGUCGUGCUUGGAACGACCGUUAUCAUGUACCCUACAUGCACUGCGGGUGUCCACUACCGGGAGACACAAUCGGCCAAAAGCUCCGACGCCUCCUCUCCUCUCGAGUCACUGACAACGUGCUUUUACUCCCUACCAAGUCUGACGCAUGUGCUGCUACACACCCAAGCGACCACAACGCCGUGUUUGCUCUGCAUAACAUGUCCGCAAGCCUACGUCACCGGAAGAACCGCGCACGCAAGGCAGAGAUGCGGAGGCAGCGUGCAGAGCGGAACGGAGUGGCUGUGAGGAAUGGGAAUGUUGAUCAUGGGAUUGCAUUUUUAUAUCCUGUGCCGAUGUUCUAUUACUACAGUGGUGGAUGCGUUGCUGCUACUGGAGCGGUGGUGAAUGGAGGUUUGGGGUGUGCAGUGGGGGCAGGCAGCUGUUCGAUCGGUGCCUCAACGUGUGGUGGGUUUAGUGCUGGUUGUGGAGUCGGUGGUGGUGGUUUUGGAACCAGUGGAUUUGGAGGCGGUGGUGGCUGUGGAGGCGGAGGCGGAGGCGGAGGCGGCUGUGGUGGAGGUGGAGGUGGCGGGGGCUGUGGAGGCGGAUAACUUAGACCUGCAAUAUUUUCUUCAAACCUAAAUGCCUCAUAAUAUUGUUGCCACACACCUAACUAAAUAUGUAUUGAGUUUGGGCACACUUUCCGAGACGCCGUUUCG